AUGCGGAUCCCGAUACGCGAGCAGUUGGAUAUUCUAGUCUUCCUCGCCACGAGCAUCAGUCUGACCGUCGUGGCGCUCGCGACAUGGUACACGACGCACGAAUUCGUGCUCGAUGUGCGAUCCGGGGCUCUAAUGAUGACUGCGUCCUUCAAGUCCGCACAGAUAUCCUCGAGCCUCCUCCUUAUGCAGACGCUCGUCAAACAGGCCACCAUGCGUCUGUCGCCUCAAACAGCGCUGGAAUGUUACUACAGAGAAGGCGACUCCGACGGCGAGCACUGGGAACGUACAGCCGAGGACUACGACGCAAUUUUCUCGGGAGACGGCAACAGUCGCGUCGCGGUGCAGGCCCGCAUCUACCAUAAAGAGGGAUCCGAUCGCGUGCUAUUCAGCCGUACAGCGGCAAGUGUGAGGGGCAUCACCUUGCCGUAUAGCAAGCCGGACGGGCAACCUGCACAGUUGGGGGACGGGGAGUCUGGGUUUGUGGAGGGGUUGUAUCCUCGAUUCGACGUCCACGUCGUUGAAGGGAUUGCUGGCCGUUAUGUGGCUGAGUAUCAAGGGAGGGGAAUUAAUAGGACUAAUUAUCUUCUGUUAGGACCGUAUAGAGUUGACGAUUAUCUGACACUGGUGUCGAUUACCAUGCCGAUUGUCAAGAGCAAUAGCUCAGAUGCUCGGACACUGGGCUGGAUUACGAUCGUACUUGAUGCACAGCUUGUCGGCGAUGUUGUGAAUGCAAGAGAGGGUCUCGGCGAUAGUGGACUCAGUUUGCUAAUUGGUCCCGCUGUGGUCACGAACAAAUUCCCCGCCGGCUAUCUGUUCGAUUCUCCUAAUGUCAUUUCUCGCUCAAAUGUCGAAGUUCAGUACAAGUUCCCUCCGACGAAAAGGGAAGACGUGAAAAGAAGACGCAUGCAGUAUGUCGACGCUCCCAGCCUGCCGCCCUUCGACUGGUCGCGGUACCCUGCCAUCCGCGGAGGCUUCUCCCAUGCCACAACAAACAAGAACAACGCCGGGAGCGUGAUAUCCACGGAGAACGAGCAAAACGACGGUGUCGCUGUCGGGUACGCCAUGGUGAGAAGUUCCCUGGUCGACUGGAUGGUUGUAGUGGAAUGCUCCCACGCCGAAGUCUGGGCUCUCAUUGACCAACUUCGACGACUCAUCCUUGCCUGCGUAUUUGGCACCAUGGGGUUUUUGCUGAUGGUUACGUUCCCGAUCGCUCACUACUUCAGCAAGCCCGUCAGGCGAUUGCGAGACGCAACGGCGAAGAACGCAGUACGUCAGUUUCUCGAGCCGAGUGACCAGGGGGAUACCGAUGCCGAUGCCGAUUCCGAUGGGACAGAUGAGGUGCUUGCUCACAAUAAUUGGUCGUUUGGCCAAGUCAUCCGGUACCGGAAGAAAUCCGCAGCACAUCGUGCAGAGAAGCGGGAAGCCAGCAGGAGGAGGCAGUUCCGUAUUCCGUCCAAGGUCAAAGAUAGCAAACACUUCGUCCACGACGAGCUGACAGAGCUCACGACAACAUUUAACGAUAUGACCGACGAGCUGAUGAUGCAGUACGAAAGGCUCGAGGAGAGGGUUCAGCAGCGGACCGCAGAGCUUGAACUUAGCAAGGAGGCGGCAGAAACGGCUAACGCGAGCAAGACGUUGUUUGUUGCGAAUAUCUCGCACGAACUUAAGACACCGCUAAAUGGUAUCCUAGGAAUGUGCACGGUCUGCAUGUCUGAGGGCGACCCUAUGAAAGUGAAGCAGUACCUCGGCAUCAUAUAUAAAAGCGGAGAUUUGCUUCUGAGCUUGCUGACCGAUCUUCUAAUGUUUAGUAAAAAUCAGGUUGGCGAACAGCUACGCCUAGACGAGAAGGAGUUCAGGUUAAGAGACAUUGGCUCGCAGGUUUUUGCGAUAUUUCGAGAACAAGCGAGAGAAGGUGGCAUAAACCUCUCAGUCAAGUUCGAAGAUCACAACGACGUGAAUUCCACUGAUGGUGGAGAGUCAACCGAGCGAAGCAACACUGGGUCGCUCGGAUUCGGGCGGCUGAAAGACAUGUGGCUCCAUGGAGAUGAACGACGCAUCGUCCAAGUUGUCCUUAACUUAGUCUCAAACAGUCUCAAGUUCACCCCGGCAGGAGGCUCAGUCACUGUCAACAUUCGAUGCAUGGGAGAGGUCUACAUGCCCGAAGAAAGAGAGGCCUCAGACCAGUCUCAACAAAGCUCAUUACCCCAUCUUAGUUCAAGAGCCAGAGUCUCGGCGAACGCAAUUGGACCCACAGUUUCGUACUGUGAUGCAUAUAACAUCACCAAGACAAUGUCCGUAAAGAGUAAAUAUCCACCCUAUGUCGCACGUCGUCCAGGCCUGACGUCUCUGCCCGCGCGAUGGCUCUCCUUCGAGUUUGAAGUAGAGGACACGGGCCCCGGCAUUCCAGAGCACCUCCACAGCAAGAUCUUCGAGCCAUUCGUGCAGGGUGACCUCGGCAUCAGUGGGAAGUAUGGAGGCACUGGUCUUGGCCUGAGCAUCUGUUCGCAACUCGCUCAAUUGAUGAGAGGUACAAUACGCAUGAGGAGCAAAGUUGGACAGGGCAGUGCCUUCGUCUUGUCAAUUCCGCUCAAGGAGGCGGCUAGCCGUGCUGACAGCUCGGGAAAUUCAAGCCUACACCUAGCGGUGCUGGGACUGCCGUCUCAGAAUAGACUUGUCGACGAAAUGAAGGCAGUUUGGUGGACUGAAGACACACACUUACCGCAACUGAUGCAAUCAAAUCCUAGAUUGACAUUAGGAACUGCCAAUCCACACAUUGCGACGCCAGCUACAACGGCAUUGGAGACCUAUUCGGACCCACACAAAGUCGACAUCAACCAGCUUUUACUUGCCCCUAGUUCCUCCUCUUCCAAUUCGCAAACAGCCGCAGUCACGGAACGGGUCGAAACCAAAGCAAUUCAACCCAGCAAUAAGCCACGGAUCCUGAUUGCCGAAGACAACAAGACGAACCAAGAAGUCUUGCUACGAAUGCUGAAGCUCGAGGACAUACACGACGUCACCAUCGCGACAGACGGCCAAGAAGCCUUCGACAAAGUCAUACACAGUGCUCGUCACCGGAAUGCGUACAGCCUCAUCCUUAUGGAUAUUCAGAUGCCGAAUCUUGACGGGUUACAAGCAACGAGGCUCAUAAGGCAGUCCGGGUUCAGGGGACCCAUUGUCGCGUUGACGGCUUACACUGAGGAAUCGAACGUGAAAACAUGCCUAGACUCCGGUAUGGACUACUUCAUCUCGAAACCAAUCCGCCGAUCGGCUCUCAAGUAUGUGCUGGAGAGAUACUGUUACCCAGAUGCUAUCGCCGACAGGGAGAAAGAUGACAGAGCAAGCGCCGCUGCCUAGAGAUAAUCGAUGAACUGUCCACAAGCGUCGUCGAGAAGGAAAGGGAGCAGGGCACUGUGAUGUGUCUGCUCUAUGGAGGAUUAUGGGUUCGGGCGUAAGGUAAAUUGUGCGUUCUGAGAGCCGUGGGGAAAGAAGCGUCCGGGAAUUGGC